AUGGAAUCGAUGGCGGGCAUGACGAUCUUUUGCAAGCUCGACGUUUCUAAAGCCUUUAACUGUAUUCGGCUUGCAGACGAGGACUCCAUUAACGCGACGGCGUUCAGGACGCACCGUGGCGUGUUCAAGUGGACGGUGCUACCCUUCGGCAUCAAAGUCGGAAGCGUGGCCAUGCAGCGUUUGAUGGAUGCCAUGCUGCGUGGGCUCAAGGGCGUCGCGGCGUAUCAGGACGACAUCAUCGUGGGUGGCAAGAACAAGGAGGAACUGAUCGAGAACACCCGCGCGGUGCUGCGUAGGGUGCGCGAGUUCCAGCUGCCACUCAAGCUGAGCAAGUGCGAGUUCUUUGCAACGGCAGUGCCUCUGCUUGGCUUUGUGCUGAGCGCUCAAGGCAUUUCGACGACGAAGUCGGCUGUGCAGGCCAUGCUGGAUUUCCCCGUCCCCAAGACGAGGAAGCAGGUGCGCUCGUUCAUUGGCGCGGUGGGGCACAUCAGCGGCUGGAUCAAAGGAUUUGCUGACAUGCGGGCGCCGCUGGACCAGUUGCUCAAGAAGGACGUCAAGUUUGUCUGGACGGAGGAGUGCCAGCAAGCUUUCUCACGGAUCAAGAAGGUCGUGACGUCCACCCCGGUGCUGCGGCUGCCGCGGCGUGAUGAAGUAUUUGUGUGCGAGGCUGAUGCGAGUGACAUUGGCACGGGCGCGGUGCUCUACAACAUGAAGCCUGGUGGCAAUCCGUCGGACAUGAAAGGUCUCAAACUGGUGGGGUACUACUCGAAGCGUCUGUCAAGCGCGGAGCGGAACUACAGCACGACGGAUAAGGAGCUGUUGGCGAUUGUGCGGGCAGUGCGUCGUUGGAGACAUCUGCUGACGGGAUCCAGGCACAAGGUGAUUUUCAAGUCGGAUCACAAGAACUUGGUGAACUACCAGAACUUGGAGGUCAGGAACUACCGGAUGGCGCGAUGGAUCGAGGAGCUCAGCCAGUGCGAUUUCAAGAUUGUGUUCACGGCUGGUGUGUCGCAGCCUCUGGCAGACUGCCUGUCACGCAACCCAAACUUUGAGGGCAGUGUGCGAGGCGAAGCCGCUCGCAAGGCGUUCACGCCGGGUCAGCUGGACAGCACGGUCGCGGCCGCAGCCACAGUGGCGAGCACGUCGGCUGGAGCAGGUCAAAGCGCAGCGAAGGCGGUGGCGGCGGAGGUGUCGAUCGAGGAUCAGAUCCGCGCACAAGUUGGCACCAGCCCCCCUGACCAGAAGUUGCAGAAGCUGCUCGGACUCACGCUGGCUGAUGGCCUUUGGAGAGAUGGGAGCAAGCGCAUCUACGUCCCGGAAGGUGACUGUCGUCGACUGGUUGUGGCCGAGUGCCACGAUGCCAAGGGGGCGGGUCAUGGUGGCAAGCACCGCACGAAUUUGCGUGUCAAGCAAACGCAUGUUUGGCACAACAUGAUGGAGUACAUCGAAAAGUACGUGGCUGGUUGCACUCUCUGCCAGCAGAACAAGCCGUCGCAUCUCAAGCAAGCUGGCCUGAACGCAUCGAUCGAAGUGCCUGCUGGUGUGUGGCAGGAUGUGGCUAUUGACUUGGUCACGGAUCUGGUGCCGUCGAAGGAUUACCGUGGGCACAAGCACGACGCGGUGCUCACUGCUCAGUGCUUGCUUUCAAAGCAGGUGCAUCUCAUCCCGUUUUCCAAGGAUAGCAGUAGCGCGAUGGUGACGAGGGCGCUCAUGGAUCGCGUGUUUGCGUACCAUGGGCUGCCCAACACGCUGCUGCACGAUCGUGAUUCACGGUUCCUAGCUGAGCACAUGACCAGCAUCUGCAAGGGGCUUGGCAUUAGGCAGCGGGCGUCAACGUCGUUUCACCCCAACACGAACGGGUCUCUUGAGCGACAGCAUGCAGUGAUGGCUCAGGUUUUGCGUAAUUACGUGAACCACAGUCACGACGAUUGGGUGGAGUUGCUGCCCUGGGCCGAGAUUGCCAUGAACUCGUCGGUCAACGCAAGCACAAAGGUGACGCCGUUCAUGGCGAGCCAGGGCUUUGAAGCUCGGACGUCAUGGAAAAUUACUCCUCCUGAACGAGAGUCGGACGUUGAUGAGCACAUCGCGCUCAUUCGUACGAUUGUUGAGGACACCAGGAAGGAGUUGGCCCGAGCGAAUGAGCUCAGUUCGGCCAAAGUGGACAAGCACCGGACUCCCGCCCCUGGGUACCAGGUUGGCGACAGUGUGUGGCUGGACACGCGGCAGCUGCGUCUCGAGACGGUGGCCACGAAGUUCAACCCGACGUACAUUGGUCCGUUCGAAGUGCUCGAGGCGGACAAGCACACCGUGCUGCUUCGCCUGCCAAAGUUCAUGAAGCAUCAUCCUCGCUUCCAUGUUUCACGGGUCAAGGCCGUGGGGGCGGAUGGCAUACCUGGCCGGCCAGUGUCCGAGCCUCGUCCCAUUCACAUGAAAGGCGAAAAGUAUUAUCAAGCGGAAAAGAUUGUUGAUUCUUUUAUUGACAAAGGAACGCUCUGGUACAAGGUCAAGUGGACAGGCGUGGAGGAACCGACUGUUGAGCCGUGGGAGGUGUUUGGAGAACACCAUCGAAUGACGGAGGCAUUUCAUAAGGCUAACCCGAACAAGCCUACUCGGGAAAGUGCCAAACGCAAGAAGCGCUAG